AUGCUCCGGGAAAAAAUUCACACAGUGGAGGAAGAGCUCAAUGGCAUGCGGUCCCAAAUCCAAAAUUUGGCAGUACAAAAUGACCAACUGGAAAACCGAAUGCGGAGAGGCAACAUCCUGUUUCACGGUUUAGAAGACGCGGCUAAUGAAACCUGGUCAGAGUCCGAAGCUAAGGUAGUCGCCUUCUGCAACGUACACCUCGGUGUGGACGUCACACCAACCCAAAUUGAGAGGGCACACAGAGUGGGUCACACUGUCGCCGGGAAGACUCGUCCAGUGAUAGUGAAGUUCUGCGACUACAAACUCAAAGAACGGCUACUAUCUCUUUCUUACAAGCUCAAAGGAACAAAUUUCGCGAUACGACAGGAUUACUCUCCGGGUAUACGCAACGAACGGAAGAGGCUGGUUGAAUUCGGUGUGGGUCACGGGGGUCAGUUUCAACUGCGUUUUAACAAGCUACACCUGGAUGGCAAUGUCUACCAGUACGAUGCAGCUAGUAAGUCUGUUAAGCGAACGGCCACGCCGCGUGACCCAGGGGAAAAUUCGUUUUCCAGCCGUGGAUAUCAAAACCAGUCUAGACCCGCUGAAUGA